UUUCACACGAGUGCCUGUUGUUUCUAUAUCACCGAUUACUGACCGAAAUUCUCACACCCAGAGGUUUUCAUGCAGGCUAGGUAUCUAAAGGAUAUAAAUGACAAAUCUUGAGGUGUUCAAAUAAAUGUGUAUACGAGCUAUAUAAAAUGUGUUUGUGUGUGUGUGUGUGUAGAUAGAUAGAUAGAUAGAUAGAUAGAUAGAUAGAUAGAUAGAUAGAUAGAUAGAUAUAGUUCCGUCUGUUGAUUUGCUCAUGUUUCUCACAAGUGGCAUGCGUCAUGUCCUAAGGUGUAAGUAAAACACAGAUACACAAGUUCUUCUUAGAAUCAGGUGGCCAGGCCUGCGGAAGAAGCAGUCUAGUAGGUAGAGAUGAUGCAAUAAACGAUUAAUUGAUUAUUGGUUUGCCUCUAUUAAACAUUAAUUGAUUGAUUACUCGCACUGGUGCACUAUUUGGAGCAUCACAUAUUGCUUUUAUAUUGCUAGCACAAGAGUCCACACUAGUUUUGUUUCUUGCUGUUGUAUAGUAAAGUGUUCUCAACGCAUUGUCCAUUGUCACCCGUCCCAUAUUCCACGAGGACAUUUCUUUAUUUUCUUUCACAAGACGGUCACUGAGGAGAUAUUAAACAAGCAGUCUUAGUUCAUUCAACAGCCAGCUGCUUCCCCUAUUGACCCAUAAGACACUGCUGGUGUAAAAUGACCUAGGAAGAGAGGCAUGGGAACUGAUAACUUCCUUUAACCUGAUGUAGCACCAUGUUUAUUAUAACAUGUGUGUCUUUCAAAACUGCACAUUUCAGACCUAUGUGGCCAAAGCAGGUUUAUGGAGUUAUUUUGUUGGCUGCAAUCACUUUAAGUGGAGAUCCUGAAGCCUCUCUGGCUGGUUCAGUACCCUGGACAGCAACCACAGAGGACACUUGUUAGUUGGCAUUGUGCAACCCUUUGGUCUGUGUCUGUCUGCCUGCUGUUCGGAAGAGGAGAGACUCGAUGGGACGCUCUUAACAAGCUGCAGCCUCUUUGUCAAUGUUAAUCGAAGUGGAGGGGAUACAAACAGUGCCACAGACAGCAUGCUUUUUGACUUUACACACCAAGAGAGACUCAAACGAGGAAAAGUCAAGCCCGCAACGACAGCAGACUGCCAGUAGUGAAGGAGGAACAGAGAGCAUUCGCUGUCCGGAUAUUCAACCAUCAGACAUGGAGAAUAGCACCACGCCACAGGAAGAGGAACUAGCCAUCCUGGAAGUGGAUCUUUUUGACCGGAUUGAGAUACAAACAGUAAUGAACGUCUCUGAAAAUGCAAGCUGUCUUUGGGAACACGACAAUAUCACAAGGCACUGCACUGUAGACAAAGACAGGAAAACCUACUCCUUUCUGAUUUCCCAAGCUAAGGAAUGCCAUGCUGGAAUGCACCAGCUUUCUUUCCAGUCCAGCAGCGUUAGCUAUUCCAUGAGGUUUGCAGUCCGUGUCAGAACUCCUCCAACAGCUCCGGUACUGAGAGUAUUGCACAGAGAAAUGCUUGGGUUCCCUUGUAAGGUCCAGUGCUCUUCUGAAAGCUACCCGGAACCAAAGAUUGAGUGGAUUCUGUGCCAGGAAUCAAGGGAGAGUUGUUUGAAGCUGGAUGGGAAAAUCAUAAGCCCCUUGGAGACUGCUGAUACUUAUGGAGUCCGUAAGAAAGUCAGUUGGGUCUGGGGAUCGGAUUUAUUUCAGUACAAUGACAUACGGUGCUGUGCUGAGAACUCUGCUGGCAAAGAGUGCUCCCAGCUUCAUUCCUUUGAACUCCCUUCCAGGACAAAGCCAGAGGUUGCUGAUACAAACGUAAUUCUUAAAGUUGAAGAAGCUUUUCUGUUACGAUUUAGUGUUCCAGAUACUGAUGGGCCUGUGGAAUUAUCCUGGACUCCGGCUAAUGCAACGAAACAAACAAUGGUACCGUUUGAGAAGGAACGGGCACAUAUAAACAAAGUUCCGUUUGACAUAGUUUACAUGUUCCUUGAUGCUGUGAAAAAAGAAGAUACUGGCACUUAUUCUUGCACUUCAAAGACCAGGACAAAAUCUGUACAACUUUCAGUUGUUGAACAGGGAUUCAUCAGUCUCACGCACGCGGAUACAGUCCGUCACAUUGUUGAAGGGGAGACGGUGUGCUUUACAAUGGAGUUGUUUGCAUACCCCCCCGUCCGCUGCAGGUGGAGUUCUCAACAGGAGCCACAUCCAUGUGUGGCUAAAGGAAGCAGCAGUUACAGGAGGACCUAUAAAUUCUGUGACCAUCAUCAGACUCCAGGGAAAUAUGACUUUUACGCUGACAAUAAGGACUCCCAUAUGAACCGAUCCAUGCGGCUCUAUAAGAAAGAGAAACCUCGCCUGAGCUUGAAGCCUGAAUUUGAGGGGAAGGUGCAGUGUAUUGGAGAAGGGUACCCUGCACCAGAGAUGACCUGGUGGAAAUGUGGAUUCAGUGACAAUUGUAACGCUGAAGCUUCUUGGAAGAAACUCACCGAGAAACCCAAGGUUCAGGUAUCGGAGGGGGACAGAUUCGGACACAAAGUAGAAUUACACAUACUGAAUGUGACCCAAGUGAAUGGAGAAUUUCAUAUACGGUGCUGUGCAAACAAUACUGAGGGCUGGGACUGUGAGCAGAACCCCCUUAAACUGGCAGUGUCCGCUCCUAAGCCCCAUGUGAGUGACCAGUCUUUGUACUAUGCAGCCCUGGGGUUCUGUGUACCUGCGCUCGUGUGCAUAGUGUGUUUAACGUACUACAACCACAAGAAGAAACCGAAAUAUGAGAGCCAGUUGAAAAUGGUCCAGUUGUUAGGACCCUCAGACAACGACUACAUAUACAUUGAUUUCAGUCACGUUGAGUAUGAUCAGAAAUGGGAGUUCCCCAGAGAAAACUUGGAAAUCGGUAAAGAGCUUGGCUCCGGAGCCUUUGGGAAGGUGGUGGAGGCUACAGCCUACGGAAUCAGCAAGACAGGCGUCUCGGAGCAAGUGGCUGUCAAAAUGCUCAAAGCCUUCUGCAGGUCCAAGUCAGCCCUUUUUUCAAUGUGUUGCCUCCUGCUCUCUGAGCUACACAACAUGGAUACAUUUCAGAUGGAGAAAUUCCAGCCUUCUGAAAAGGAAGCUUUGAUGUCUGAGCUCAAGAUGAUGACGCAUAUCGGGACCCAUGAAAACAUUGUGAACCUGCUGGGGGCGUGCACUGUGACGGGUCCAGUGUACUUGAUCUUUCAGUACUGUCCAUAUGGUGACCUUCUCAAUUACCUGAGGAUCAACAGGGAACAAUUUCACAAGACGCUGACCGACGUCUUCACUCAGAAUCAUUUCAGCUUGUAUCACAAUUUUCAGCCGGACCACACUUUCAGGGAUGGAAGUUUUACACACAGCGGAUCGUACGUCCCGAUGCACAGGAUUAGAGACACUGCAUCUACCGAAGAGUCUGAUAUACUCCUCAGUGCCAGUGACCCUGCACACUGUGCUUGCCAUGAGGAGUGUGAUUCCAACUAUCAAAACACCAGGAAGAAUCUGGAUGAAGAAUUGCAUGUGCUCACCUUCGAGGACCUCCUGAGCUUCUCCUAUCAAGUCGCUAAAGGGAUGGAGUUCCUGACUGAAAGAAACUGUAUUCACAGAGAUCUCGCAGCAAGAAACGUGCUGGUGACCCACGAGAAGGUGGUGAAGAUCGGAGACUUUGGAUUGGCCAGAGACAUCAUGAAUGAUUCCAAUUACAUCGUCAAGGGCAACGCUCGGCUGCCUGUUAAGUGGAUGUCUCCUGAGAGCUUGUUUGAAGGCCUGUACACUGUUCAGAGCGAUGUCUGGUCUUAUGGGAUACUGCUGUGGGAAAUAUUCUCUCUUGGUGUUAAUCCGUACCCUGGGAUUCAGGUAGAUCAAAGCUUCUACAAGCUCAUUCAGAAUGGAUUUAAAAUGGAGCAGCCGUAUUAUUCCACAGAGAGUGUCUACCAGGUGAUGCAGUCUUGUUGGACCCUGGACGCUAGGAAAAGACCUGGUUUCUCCCAGAUUGUUUCCUUCAUGGAGAGUCAGCUGUCUGAUGCAGAAGCAGCGCUUUAUCAAACCCCCCCAAGGAAAGACAGACUCAGAUCCAGCUCUGAUUACAAGAACGCACCAGCCAACUGCAGCACAGAGGAGGAAGCCCUGUAAACCAAAGGGACCGGCGAGACAGUGACAGAGCUGGGGGAUAGCGAAUGAAGAGCCUGCUCUUUUGUGGGAGCCUCCAUCCACAUCCACUCUCAGCUCCCUCAUAACAGAAGGGGACCCCUCUGGGACAAAUCCUACUUUCCCAAAUCAAUCCUUCUCACAUUCGUCACAGAAAUGACACAGCCUUGUGAAGUUCACAACUAUUUCAAAGUUUAGAUUAUAAAAAAAGAUUAAAGAAAGAAUACCAAGGGAGGGGUGAAAAGAGUAAUGACGUGGGGUGUGGAAUCGAUUUCACAUGUUUAGAGACCACUCCACGUGACACAUAUAUGUCAGAAUUUUAAACAUACCGUUAAAUAUUUUACGGUAAUUUACAGUCAAAUUGUGUUAGCUUAAGAUGUGACAUUAUUUAUUUUUAGUUUUGUUUUAAACACAGAAAAGAGGAAUGAUGUUUGCUGCAACCCUAACCCAAUUUUCUUUUAAGGUAAACGGAAGUAGAUUCAGUGGUCCUGGAUUAAAUCAAAAUGAUGGCACAGCAACAGUCAUUCUAUGUACAGCUAUGGUGGUGCUAUAAAGUUUGAUUUAAUUCAGCUAGAAACAGCGUAUUCAAACAGCAUUCAUCUACAGCAGUAAUGCAUUCAGUUAAAAAAACAGGAUGCUAAGCUUUUGUUCAGUUUACAGAUAUUGCAUGUCAUUUAAUUAGAUUGAUUGAUUACAUACUGCCAGCUAUAAGCUAUUUGCACAUGCUCAGAUGUAGAAAGCAUUGGAGAAACAGACUCUCUUUUUUCACUUCGGUGAAUGCAUUACAGCAUUGUAUAGUUUUUUUAACCCAGUAAUACCCAAGCAUUUCUGAAGAGAUGAAAAGCCACUACAUGUAUGUAACUGAAUUCCAUUUCUUGUAUGAAACACAAUUCCUGUCCGGCAACACAUAAUUCUGCAUAUGAAUAAUUCAGGCUUGUGAGGCUGGAUUUAAAAAUAAUAACAUAGAGGGGUGGGUAAGCAUUGGAUCACAUGAGAUACAGAAAUGAGCAUCACAGGGUUAAAGCCAUAAUAAACACAACACAGAGGAAGGCUUUUGUAGUAUUGAAGACAUACAGAAAACGAAAACAGCUGUAACAUUGAAUUGAUAUUUUUUAAAUUUUAUUUCAUAACAUUAUUAUUAUGCAAUCGUUUCAUGCAAUAGUAACAGUCUUCAUUAACAGCCAGCUUGUACUAAAUAUCACAAUUGUAUCAUUUGUUUAAAAAAUGCAUUUAAGUUAUUUGCUUUACACAUUUCAACUAUUUUAAAGGUUUUAUUAAAAACCAUUAGGCUGCCGUUAGAACAAGCAUGUCCUUGACAUUCAUGGAAACUAGAAGCGUCGGUAACAUGUUCCUUUGAUAUACAGCAUGGCCUGUUCAUUGCAAUCGGAGAAGCUGUUCUCAUGACAUAUUUAAAGAUGUAAGCCUGACAUACAGAGAGCCAGACAGCCUCCGCAGACCUCCAGAUUAUAAUGGACUAAAUAAUGUGUUCUAAAGAAUGUCCUCAGAUACUUCCAUCACAAUUCUCCGGUUGAUAUGCAAAACUCCAAAAUAACG